CAUGGUUUUGCUAUGUAUUCUGUGAAUUGCUUAAAUGCAUUUAGGAAGGGGAAUACAAAAAUAUAUUGUGCACAAUUCAAAUUUUUUUUAGUAUUAUUAUUAUAAUUAUUAUUAUUAUAAUUAUAAUCAUUAUAAGUUUAAAAUCAUUAUACUAUGUGGCCAGAGAGAUUGCACGAUUUUCCCAGCCGUUUAAUAAGGAUGUCAUUUGUGGAAUUAGGCUAUAAGCAUCGUAGUGGAUGUAUGACCAAUGCAAUUUUUGGACAUUUGAAAAAAUUAAGCAUAACAAACAAAAAUAUUGGCCGCUGCUACAGGACGAGUGUAUUUCAAUUGAAAUGGUGAAAGAAGGUUCUAAGGAUGCAGAGUACUUAUCUGCUGAGUCUAUUUCAAAUUCGUUGAGACCUAAAGAACUUCAUUACACUACAGAUGCGCUUGCAUCUAAUUCAAAUAUUCAUGAACAUCCUCUUAGACGCACGAGAAAUAUUAGCACAAAAAAAUUGGCACAUGAUGACAGUUUGCCUCACACGGGUGCUAAAAAAGGUAAAAGACGACGCAACAGUGAUACGUCCAGUGAAGAGGAUCGGUGGCUUACCGCCAUAGAAACCGGGAAACUAGACGUUGUUGAUGAGGAACUUAAAAAGAUAAAGGACCCCAAACUUAUGACAGCACGUCAACGUGCUAUUUAUGAACGGACACAGGACUCCGAAAUAAAUGGAUUUAUAGAAGAGCUAAUUGCUCUUCCAAGUGGUUAUAAAGAAAAGGAAAAGCCGCAGACUGCGGAGGAAAUUCAUAAAGCUCUUCUGAAAUCUCAAAAACGAAAACAACAAGCUGACGAACGCAGAGAAAAAGAUAAAUUAAAGACAAUGGAGCGGUUGUUAAAAAAACAGGCAACCAACAGGGAUCGGAUUUCAAUUCGCAAUAAGUCUUUACAACAGCCCUCUUAUCCAAAAAUAACCUAUAUAAGUGCUGUAACUGGCAACUAUGUAAUAGUUCCCCCAGGUUACGAAUAUCCUUUAAAAGUUCAACUCCCUCGUACACCUCCUCCUUCACAGGUGUGCUUUGUAAGCGGUUGUGAAAAUCGCAAGACAUAUAAUUGUUCAACAACAAAUGUUCCAUUAUGUAGUCUUACAUGUUAUCGUAAGAAUAUCAACAAAAUAAGAAAAACGUCUACAAAUACGUAGAUUUAAUUUUAAUAUUGAUUGACAAAAAAAUUGUUUAUUAUUUCAUGUUGCUCCGUUUCAAUUCGCUGUAAAAACUGCAAUUCGCCUUUUAAGCGUUCAAGUUCUACUGUUUGCUCAAAUAUCUCAUAUUGAUAGACUUGCUGCUUGUUCUGGCGCUGAAUAAAUGCCGUUUUUAAUUGAUUUUGAGUACCAAUAGCGCGUAGUUUUUCCUUAUCGACAUCUUUGGCAAACGUUUCAGAAAUAUUACAAUAAUUAAACAC